AUGGCUCCACAGACUGGCUCCACCGGAAAGGAGACACGACCUGUUUCAGCCUUUCUACAGCUUUUCACUUGGGAAGAGAUCAGAAUCCACAAUGGCCAUGGUCAAGGUCAGAAGCAAUGGCUGGUGAUUGACAGGAAGGUUUAUGAUGUCAGCAAGUUUUCCAAACAACACCCUGGAGGCAGCCGAGUUAUUAGCCACUAUGCUGGGCAAGAUGCUACGGAUGCCUUUGUGGCAUUUCACAAUGAUAAGUCUCUGGUGAAAAAAUACUUGAAAUCUCUGCUGAUCGGGGAGUUGGCACCAGAUCAACCCAGCUUUGAGUCUAAUAAAAAAAAAUCACUUUUAGAGGAUUUUCGUGAGCUGCGCUGUGCUAUUGAGAAGAUGGGACUUCUGAGACCAAAUUACAUCUUUUUCUUCCUGAUUUUCCUUCACCUGCUGAUACUGGAUGCUGCAUCCUGGCUUGUGGUCUGGUACUUUGGGAUAUCCUUAGUGCCUUUCCUGGUUGGCAUUGCAUUCUUCACCAUUGCUCAGAUCCAGAUGGGCUGGUUCCAACAUGAUCUGGGGCACUGCUCUGUCUUCAGGAAGCCUAAAUGGAAUCGACUUCUGCAGAUGGUUGUGAUAAAUGUUCUGAAGGGCUUGCCAGCCAGCUGGUGGAAUCACCUACACAACCAGCACCAUGCCAAACCCAACUGCUUCCGCAAAGACCCUGACCUCAACAUGCACCCUCUCCUGUUCAGCUUGGGAAAGACGCUUUCUGUGGAGCUUGGAAAAAAGAAGAAGAAGUUCAUGCCUUACAAUUAUCAACAUAAGUAUUUCAUCCUAUUGGCCCCACUGGCACUUGUACCCUUCUUCCAGCUGUCUAUAUUCUACUUUGCAAUCAAGAGGAAAAAGUGGUUGGACCUGUUAUUGAUUGUGUCUUUCAACAUCCGAGUCUGUCUUAUGUAUAUUCCUUUAAUGGGAUUUAACAAUUUCAUGGUGUACUACUGGCUGUCCAGGUACCUAGAGAGUACCUGGUUUAUUUGGGUGUCACAGAUGAAUCACAUUCCAAUGGACAUUGACUAUGAUAAGAACAAAGACUGGGUAUCUACUCAGCUCCAUGCAACAUGCAAUGUGAAGCAAUCUUUCUUCAAUGACUGGUUCACUGGGCACUUGAACUUCCAAAUUGAGCACCACCUUUUCCCCACGAUGCCUCGACACAACUACUGGAAAGCUGCUCCUCUGGUGAAAGCCCUUUGUGAUAAGCAUGGCAUUGAGUAUAAAAGCAAGACUUUACUGACAGCCUUUGUAGAUAUUUUGCAUUCACUGAAGGAUUCUGGGGAGCACUGGCUUGAAGCAUAUCUGCAUGGAUAG